CUUCAUGGCCCUAUCUCCCUACCUCUCCCUCCCCUGACCCAUCUUUUCUCUCCUUGUCCCUCCUGUGCCCUCUCCCCCUCCCCCUGUCCCGGCUCGGAGCUCCCCCAGCCUCACACAGCUCAGAGCCUGUAAUUACUUGGCCAUGCGGGGAGGGAGCGGGCUGCCCCUGCCGGUGCCGAGGCUUUUCCUGCCGCAGCUGCACUACAGGGAUGUCUGUCUCUCUCCUCCGCCUCCCCGGGCUUCUCCGCUUGCUCAUGCUGCUGUGCCUGCACCCCGGAUCUCAGUCCCGCAUUAAGGACAGCAGUGAGGUGUGGGAUGAAGAGGUGGCUGAAUGGUGGGGAGAGUGGAGCUCCUGGUCAACAUGCUCUCGAACAUGUGGAGGAGGAGUUAUGUCUCGAGAACGUCAUUGUCUACGCCAGAGGCUCCAAACAGUUCUGGGAACAGACAACACUGUGUGUGGAGGCCAUUCUAAGCAAUAUCAGCUAUGCCAAAAAGAGCUUUGCCCCACCGGCUCUGUGAGCUUCAAGCAGUACCAAUGCUCUGCAUUUAAUGCAAAAGCAUUUGGAAAAAUUUACCACCACUGGGUGCCCCUUUACCCAGAUGAUUACACCAGCAUCUCAAGUAAGCCAUGCGACCUUCAGUGCACCAGCACAUCCCGAGAGAGGCAGCUACUGGUACCAGCACAUGAUGGAACAAGCUGUAGGGACAGGACCUAUCAGGGAGUCUGUAUCAGCGGAAAGUGUGAGCCAGUGGGGUGUGAUGGGAAGCUAUACUCAGCCCAGUCUUUGGAUCGUUGUGGCAUUUGUGGUGGUGAUGGAAGCACAUGUUAUAGGGUAUCUGGAAACUUCCGGAAGUGUGUCUUGGGAUAUGCCUUAAUCACAACAAUUCCGGCUGGAGCCUUUGAUAUUCUUAUUACAGAAAAAAGGAAUACAGAGAAUAUUUUGGCUCUGGCAGACUCUGCAGGGAAUUUUUUCAUCAACGGGAAUAUGAUGAUGGACAAUCCCCAGAAUUUUCGUGUUGCAGGGACACUGGUGAAGUACCGAAGGCCGCCAAACGUGCAGAGCGAGGGACUGGAGUAUCUUACUGCACCAGGGCCAACCAACCAGUCCCUCAGUGUCAUGUAUUACAACUUCAAUGGAAAGAUUCCUCACAUUGCAUAUGAAUACACAGUGCCUCGUGCCCCAGAGCCACCUCUGCCUCUUCUUUCUGGUCCAAGGGAACAAUCUCUCAACACACCCAGCAGUGUGCAUAGUCAGUCACUGGGAGGAUCUGAGGGAAACUUACAAGAUCCAUCUGAUACUUGGAGCUGGUUAAACCCUGAAGAAGGAAAAAGUUUGCAUCAGCACUCAGAAAGACCCGACAAAGAGCAAGAUGGAAGAGAAGAGCAAACAGAAGAUAUGCUGGCCAGCACUGAACCGCCUCAGGGUAUGCUGCAGAGUGACCUGUGGAGACUUUGUGACCAACAGAGUGAUUCUACCCUGUGCCAGACACUGUUUGCUGGAAGUCACCCCCUACCAGAUCCUGCUCUGGAUAAAAAACAACUCCGGGGCAGUCUAAUACUGCCAGCUGCUUAUGAACAUCUUGGGUCCAGUCUUGUGACACAGCCACUACAAGCACCAAGCUCUAACAGCGACCUAGUGGCAGGACAAGAUAUUAGCCGGGCUGAUAUGUAUCGCUGGAAGGUGUCAGCAUAUUCCCCCUGCAGUUCCACUUGCAGUUCAGGAAUCAGUUCCACCUAUGCUUUGUGUAUUCGAUAUGAUGGAAGAGAAGUAGAUGAAUCACACUGUGAUCCCACAACAAGACCAGAGCCCACCCAAGAAUUUUGCUCAGGAAGAGAGUGCAUGCCAAGAUGGGAGUCUAGUGGAUGGAGUGAGUGCUCUCGGAGCUGUGGACAGGGGAUACAGGUGCGAUCAGUGCGAUGCUGGAAGAUGCUGGCCCCAGGGCUUGAUAGCUCUGUUUAUGAUGAACAGUGUGAUGGUGCUCAACUCCCAAGACCCCCACAAAGGAAAGUGUGUAAGAAUAAACCAUGUGGACCACAGUGGGAGUUGUCUGAAUGGUCUGAGUGCUUGGCUUCUUGUGGUUCUGAAGGGGCGAUGAGAAGGGAGGUAAGAUGCUCUUCAGAUCUCCAUCAGUGUGAUGAAUCCAUUAAGCCCCAAGCUGAGAAGCCAUGUCAGGGUCCCCCCUGUGACCAUCACUGGACAUCAUCUGAGUGGGGCCCAUGUUCAGGUCCAUGUAGUGAGGGCCACAUGAGUCGGUAUGUGGUCUGUCGCAACAAAGAAGGGAAAUUGAUUCCAGAUUCCCACUGUGACCCUGACACCAAACCAAUAGCCAUACAGCCUUGCGGGGAACUGAACUGUGCCCCACUCUGGGUACCACAGGACUGGGGACAGUGUAAUGCCACGUGUGGGCGUGGGGAGAAAACGCGGCGUGUGUUAUGUGCUGGUCUGGAGAAUGGGCUGUAUCGGGAAUAUCGUGAUCAUAUGUGUGAUCUAUCCCGGAAGCCAGAGCAGAGAACAACGUGCUUCCAGCGACCCUGUUCUGCCUGGUUCACCACCACCUGGUCACAGUGCAGCAAGACCUGUGGAUCUGGCCUUCAGGUCCGAGAAGUGAAAUGUUACCAGGGAGAAGAGGUGGGCCAUGGAUGUGAUCCAGCUACAAAACCAGAAAGCAAGCAGUCAUGCCAGCUGCAGCCAUGCCCCACUGAGGCUCCAGAUGAAAACUGUGAAGACAAAGCAACUGCAAACUGUUCCCUGGUACUGAAAGUCAAGCUGUGCUCACACUGGUAUUACCGCAAGGCCUGCUGCCGAGCCUGUGGGGGAAAAUCCCCCUGAGUGCCAUGCACUGGCGCAACUUUCUAACCUCAUUGGUGUGAAUCCUGUACAGAUUAAAAUAACCAGGUGCUCUCCUAUUAAUAACCCUGCAGUUCCACUACUUUGGGUAUGCUAGCUGGUAGUAGAAGGGAAUGUUUGACAGUGGUUAUUUUACCUCUACAUUUUAAUUUAGCCUUAUGGUGCCUAAUGGUCAACCUGCUGUUCUGUUGAUGUGAAUGUUUGCCUAAAUCCCCUCCUUCAGUUACCCUCAUACCCCAACAAGGCCAAAGAGACCAUUAGCACAUUGCCCUAAAAUGUGUUUCUCUAGCUCCCAGACAUGUAGGAGGGUAUCUUAUUACUGUACUGUGUUUUUACAAGUGAAUUGGGCAUUAGGUGCUAGAGCAGACACAGCCUGUCUCCCUGUUGUUGGCUUCUCUUGCAGUUUCAAUUUUAUGACAGUUGACCCUUGGAGUCCCAUGAGGUUUAAGGGUCAAUGAGUGACAUACAAUAUAUGGAAAUGUUCAAGCUGUAAAACUGCAAUUCAGCCUUAUUGAGAGAGAAUGCUAUUUAAACAAAGAAGAAACACCAUGUGGAUCCUGGUUAAUCACAGGUCUAAGAAUGAAUCCAAGUUUUGUAUCCAGGAGACAACGGCCGCCAUAUCUGGCUCCAGCAAAAGUGACAAUGGCUGAAGACAGAGAUGUAUUUUUAUUAUUCUAAAUAAAACAAGAACAAAACCGAG